AUGUAUAAAGUUACUUCCGAUAAAACGGUGAAAAGUGGAAGCAAACAUAAUCAAAUUUUAACGUCUAUUACUGUAUGCCUGCCGAUUGUUGCUUAUGGCACCUCCAUGGGCUGGAUUUCUCCAAAUAAAGCACUUCUAAUGGGGGAAGAUUCACCUUCAAAACCGCCUCUUACUGAAGAGGACGUGUCUUGGAUGGCGUCUAUCAUGUUUAUAUUUGCACCUAUUGCUGUUUUCAUCUAUGGAGUUGCAGCAGAUAAAUUUGGAAGGAGAGCUGCUUUGCUUUUCUCGUCUUUGCCUAUAUCGCUCGGUUGGGUAGUUAAACUGGUAAGUGCACACCCUAUAGCAUUGAUCGGCGCACGCGCACUCAUUGGGUUUGGCUCAGGCGGCGCCUUCGUAGUAUGCCCACUAUAUGUGAAAGAAAUAAGUGAAGACAGUAUUAGAGGCAUGACAGGAACUUUUAUUAAUUUUGCACAGACUGCAGGUAACCUUUUUGUGUUCGUUCUUGGUGAUCUCCUCCCGUACCACACGGUGCUCUGGAUCCUCUUGGCGAUACCGUUAAUCCACUUCUGCGUCUUACUGAAGUUGCCCGAAACGCCAUCUUAUUUAAUGAAAUGUGGAAAGAAUGAGGAAACAGCUAAAGUACUAGGAUGGUUGCGAUCCCUACCACCCACGGACAAGUUGAUCAGCGAAGAAAUGGACCGACUAAUAAUAGAGCAAACCACUAGUGAACCGAAGUUUUCACCUAAGCUAUUAUUUGCUAACAAAAUCACCGCUAAAGCCUUCUGGAUAGCGCUCACUGUGACCCUGACGCGUGAAUUCUGCGGCUGUAUCGCAGUACUAGUAUAUGCAAGCCAUAUCUUUGCUGAAGCGGGAAAGGAUCCCGGGACCAGCAUCGCUUUGUCGCCCAAUAAACAAUCGAUUUUCUUAGCUAUCGUUCAGAUUAUUGGGUCGUUUUUGGCGUGUCAGCUAGUCGAUAGAACGGGCAGAAAGCCUCUGCUAGCAGUAACGAGUGUAGUUGCUGGUCUCAGUAUGUGUUUGUUGGGAGUAUGGUUCUAUCUCCUAAGUAUUGGCGUCUUCAUGCCCGGGUGGGUGCCGAUCAUUGCACUCUGCGUCUGUAUAUUCGCUGAUGCAACUGGUUUACAGCCGCUACCUUUUGUCAUUAUGACUGAAAUGUUUAGCUUCCAGCUCCGAGGCACAGUUGCAACACUAAUCAUAGCCAUUUCUCUGGGUACUGACUUCGCUCUUCUAAAACUCUUUGCUCCUCUCAACGCCUGGAUUGGAUACUACUCCACAUUUUGGAUUUUCAGCGCCAUUUGCCUUAUAAACGUAUUCUUUCUAAUAUUUUGUGUGCCAGAAACCAAAAUGCGAAAUCUAGACGAUAUAUACGCUGACCUAACGGGAAAGAAGAAAAAGAUGAACGAAAGCGUUGUUGAGACAAAUCAUGUA